AUGCAGUUGCAGUGUGCUCAGGCUGCUGUAACGGAGUCGUCCCAUUUGCGGGACAUAGACAAUAAUGAGAAUGUUCUGUACUCGAUUUUUGAGCCGUUUCUCCCUGAACAAGAUGAUAAUAUGGUUGACGGGGAUUCCAGUGUAUGUUCAGUAUGCGGAUGCCACAUAUAUGAGAAGGAGGUGUGUCAUAUAUGUGACUCAGUGAGGCUUGGCGACAUGAACGGUUAUACCUUGAGGACUGGCGAUGCUCGAGUGCCUCUAGAAGGUCGGGUGAUUGUGAUAGACACUAUAUGUGAAGAAAUAGAGUUUUUGGCAUUAAAGACCAAGCUCGUCGAUUUCUUGAGCCAGAUCGACCCUGUGCCCUCACUUUUAAUAUCGUUGCAUGCCGAUGGCACAAUCAAAAUCCAUGGAAGCGAGAAGAUAGCGUCCAUAUAUGUGGAGCAUCUGAGGGUGAAAUAUGCUUUCAAGAGGCAUGAUAAAAAAUAUUUUAUGAAACUGAUAGAUGGAAUUGAGAUUAUGAAUAGUUAUAACGAGCAUGUCAUUGCACAUAUAAAGGCGCUGAGAAACUCAGUAUACACUCAUAAUAGGAAGAAAAGGGCUAAGCGUGCUACUGGAUGUGCACUUUUUUUGGCUAAUCUUUUGUGCAAGUCGGAUAAACUGCAUUAUGAAGUUUUAUCUUUUCUCUCAGGUCCCUGUACACUUGGGAAUGGUAAGGUCAUUUCUAGAGAGGUCAAGAACACUAUCAGACAAUUUACUGAUCUAGACCAACAAAAGGCUAAAUAUUUUGAUGACGCAAGGAGUUUCUAUAAGUACUUGGCAGCAGAUAGUAAGUCAGUUGCUUAUGGAUUUUACAUCAAUUGCCUGGAUCAAAUUGGCAUUUAUGAAAUGUCGCCAUUGAUUAAGCAAUCCGGUAUAAUAUAUCAAUUUGAUAGUUUCCAGGACACCGACUUGCAUGAUGCCUUUGACAAGUACAAAUUCUUUAAGAAAAGCAACGCCAUUUAUGAUGUGAAAAUUAAUGUUGUAACUUCACCUGGUAUUCAGUGGCAGAAAAAUCACGAUGUUCCAUUAAAUUGGAGUAUGAUAUUCAACAAAACGAGCAUCAGUAUUCCUAUUAGGCUGAAAAUUCAGGACUUUACAAAAAAGUUUUACAAUAUACAGGCUACCCUAGAGUAUACUUUAGGUCCAAACAGAUACAAAUAUGUUAAAAACGCAGUAAUACAUGGUAAGGACAAUAUUGCUAAAAAUAUUAUGUUCCAUAAUGUCUUACUUGCGUCGAUCACGAAAGAAAUUGCUUGGGAGACACUUAAUGAGAAGUAUUACUCAUCUCAAACAUGUACAAAAUACAGAGAGGUAAUACUUAAGAGAAUUGCCCCAAGAUUCAAGCAUAAUAUGGAUGUACUACAUUACAUUUACAAUCUGUUACGCUCCAAUCUGUUGACCACAAGAAACAUGUCUCCGGAUGAGCGUGUUAUUGCUGCCCAUGAGAUAGCGUAUUCGACCAUGGAAAAGAUCGUUUUGAUGAUCAAACCAAAGAUUCUAUUGGCAAGAGAGGCGGACAUCGAGCCUCAGGAAGUGGAAAUUACUGCAGAAUUGUACGCGGACAGGCACUCGAUGUUGGGAGUGGAUGCUGGAAACUUGUUUCUACUAAGAAAAUCUGAUGACAUAGACAACAAUGAAUUGCGCGAAACUAUAGAAAGAUGGUUCCGGAAGAGGGACACAUACAGUGUAACGAUAAUACCUUUAAUUGAAGUAGUCCCAGGCAGCGGUCAGGACAGGUUUUUCAAAUACAAAUUAAUUCCGAUGGUCUCUCAACAGGCGUCGGCUGUACACUCCGAAGACACAUCAUUCGAAGAGUUUGUAAGACAAUUAUGA